AAAGAUAAAACCAAAAAGCCAAAAAAAACAUACACACAUCAAGACCAUUCUUCAAAUCAAUCAAGUGUUGUGCUGCCAUAAAUUAAUAAUAAUAUCGAUAAACAUUAAACAACACACAACACACAACACAGUUUUCAUGGAUCCCAAUACCUUAUAAACAAGACCCAGAAUCAUCAAUCAUCAUCACCUUCAGCCAUCUUUUAAUAUUUUUCAUGUUUUUUUAAACAUGGCUGAUAACAACAAUAACAAGUCUUCCUUAGUGAUCAAAGAUUUUCAAACUGAUAAAGAAGAAGUCAGUGGGACAAAAAAACAACAGUUAUCAGUUAAAAGAAGUUCGAAUAAAGAUCGACAUACCAAAGUUGAAGGUCGUGGUCGUAGGAUAAGGAUGCCUGCACUUUGUGCUGCUAGAAUAUUUCAGUUGACUAGAGAAUUAGGCCAUAAAUCUGAUGGUGAAACUAUUCAAUGGUUGUUACAACAAUCUGAACCAUCAAUUAUUGCUGCCACUGGAACCGGGACUAUCCCGGCUUCAGCUAUGACUGCAGUUGGAUCCGCAGCUUCACAAGGACUUACUUUUUCGGCUGGGUUACAACAAAAAAUUGAUGAAAAUAGUAGUAGGUCAAGUUGGCCAUUAGUUGGUAAUUUGGGGGUCAGUAGACCCCCAAACCCCAAUCCAAACCAUAUGUCAGGUAUGGCGGGUUUAUGGCCCGCUGUACCUGUAGGUGGAUUUGGUUACCAAUCAUCAGUGUCAUCUUCUGGUCCGGCUGUCAACGGUUUGGGACCAGAAGGGUCGAAUUACUUGCAGAAAAUUACGUUCCCGGGGUUUGACUUACCUGGUUCAAAUUUGAACCAGAUGAGUUUUUCGUCGAUUCUGGGUAAUCAUAAUCAUAAUGAUCAAAGUCAACAGGCGCUUCCCGGGUUAGAGCUUGGGCUUUCCCAAGAUGCUAAUAUUGGGGUUUUGAAUCAACAAGCAUUGAACCAUAUCUACCAAAUAGGUCAAGCUCGGAUGAAUCAGCAACAACAAUCUUCAAAAGAUGAUGAUUCUCAAGGUUCAGAUGGUCAGUAGAAUUAUUAGAUGAAUUGAUUUUGAAUAAAUGAUCAAAACAGAAUGAAGCCCAAAUCUUGUAAGUUUAUGGGAUUUUGGGGUUUCUAUGAUGUUUGUGUUGUAUAUUCUACAGGUGCUUUUGGGGUGUCCCAAUUUCUGACACCUAUCUUUUUUCUUUUUUCUUUCUGUAUAUGAUAAAAUCUUUGUUUCCCAUUUUGGUAAUUACACUUUUUGGGUAUUGGUCAUAAGUUUUAUACAAAUUUAGGCCGUUAAUAACAA